AAAACACAAGUAGAAAUAUAAUUAUUUGUUGUUGUUAGAAGUGUCAUAAAGAUGUAUACGUAAUUACUAACAUAAGUAAAAAUGGACAUAGAAUUAAACAAAGUCAAAUCACACUCGCUAUACUUCCAAUUCCCCCCCCCCCCCCUUAUUUGUUACUUUUCUCAAACAUUAUCGGUUAAUACUAUAUUCCUCCGUCCAAUAUUCACUUUCUUUUUCAUUCUCUCUUUUGUUUUCAUCCUUUUCAUUAAGCACGAAUAUGAGCAUGGCACGAGCACGAAUAGGCACGACACGAUUCGAACCGUGCCUGGGCCUGGACCGGGUUUAGAAUAGUUAACAAAUAGACUUGCAUGACACGACACGAAAACUGACAGGCCGUGCCAAGCACGACACGAAAUAAAUGGGCCCGAAGCGUGCCUGUGUCGUGCCGGCCCAAGCACGGCCCAGCGCUCAUGUACACUUACAUAGUAAAGCCCUUUGAGCAAUCUGACCCAAAGCGCAUCAGAGCUAUGCAACAUACGCCACACUUGUUUCCCGAUGAGAGCAAGGUUAAACAUGUGAAAGUUUUUGAACCCCAAACCCCCUUCUUCUUUUCGUCUUUCCAAUGUCCUCGCAUCACACCAGUGAAUUGACUUCUUCUUCAUAUCUCUAGACAAAAAAAAAAAAAACAGAAUUGCAUCCAUCAAAUUUGUAAUGGAUAAAGGAAGUAGAAACACACUCAUGAUGUAUGAGGGGAUUGCUUGAAUGAUUAUAAGUAAAAUUUUCUUUAUCAAAUUUGAAUCGAGUUAGCUUACGACCUCAAUACUUUUUCAUGUUACAAAUAUGAUGCUCUCGUGCUUAAUGAUAUUUUUCCUGUAAUUACGAUAUUUUUUCAUUAAUCAUAAAAAUAAUAUUUAUAUCCCUCCAUUAUGUUAGUUAUGAUAUAAUAAAAAAACCAUAUAUACUAAGGAAAAAACUAUAUAUAAAAGGAAAAAAUCAUUGGCCUAAGCAUUUUCAUCACAAUAACAUUUUUGCCUAAGAAAGGUUAUUCUCUCAAUAGCAACAAUAUCCCACAAGUUAUCCAAUAACCAUUGUUAUCACUUAUCACCACACAGCUAAGAUUUACUCUCAAAACCUUGUCAAGAUUAUAAAUCCCUCGUCAAAUUCAUCGAAAGUGCCAUGUCCAUUUACCAACACUUCCAUUGUCAAGAGAGAUUAUACAGCAAAUAAAAGAAGGAAAUCAAAACAAAAGAGAAAAAACGGGCGAUAUGUCAACCAUGGUCGUCACUGCUAUCACCACCACCAGGUCACCGCUUCUUCUAGUCCUGAUCAUCGUGACUUGGGCGCUCGCCGGAACUUCGUCGUCGGCAUGGAAAUUCCCGAGCUUGUGGCCGUACAAGCACGUCCACGUCAUCAACGAGUUGACUACGUACAAAGGCAUCUUGCACGUCCACUGCUGGUUUGGAAAAGACGACAGGGGACAUAUCGAUGUGGCUGUUGGGUCGGAGUUCACAUGGAGAUUCAAGCCCAACAUCUGGGGGACGACCAAGUGGACGUGUGAAUUGUCGACGGAUGAUCAUCGCUACGCCAGCUUCGACGCGUACUGGGAGGAUAACCGCCAAGGGAAAAGGGAGUACAAGCACAACAUAUAUUGGGCUGCUAAAGAGGACGGUGUUUAUCUUAGACUUGUUAAACAGAACGUAGAUCAAUACUGGACGAAGUGGUCGUUGGGAUUUAUUUAGAACGACUUUGUAAUUGUACGUCGAUCGGCCUGCGGGUUUGAAUAAAGGUUGCACAAUAAUAUUACUAGUGAUGAAUUAGUUUCAAUUGUUGUAUUGCUCCGAUGGUAUAAGUGUUCCCCCCGCAUCUUCUACACAAUAUAUUAUGCACUUCAUUUUAUGUCAUUGUUGCCACCUUGCGCUUUGAUUGGUUAUCCUUAUUUGGUGGAAGGGCAACUUUGACAAUAUUACAGACACUCAAGGGUUCUUAUUGGACUUUUGGUUUUCUUUUUAGUAAAUGCGAUUAGGAUUAAGAGAAAAGAAGAUUUGUUUUAAGGUAAAUGCUACAUAAUAAUUAUUUGAACUUUGCUCUGUGUAGAUUUAUUUUGUGUGGUUAAGGAAAAAACAGAGUCUAUCUAAAUUUGUUUAAUUCCUAAAUGAGAUAAUGCUUGCGAAUUGGAUUUUGAGAUGAUAAAGAUGAUAUAUCGUUGUGGCGUGGAUGUUUGGGAAGAGGUUCCUUCUGAAUAGGUUUUUUCGCAUUAGCGUUUUUACGUUAAACAGAUAAAAUAAGCAUCAACCUUCAAAAAUUUUAGAAUCUUAAUUUCAUAGUGAUUUCGGCAAACAUGAAGAGGAAGAAAAACGGGAAAUCUUGGCAAAAUACAAUCAAUUUAUAUUGUUUUUAAUUCUUUUAAUUUUCAAAUUAGCAUGUCUAAUUUUACAUUAAAUUUUGAAAGGUAAGAUCGCAUGUUUAGUCGUAGGUUAAACAAUAAUUCCAUCCAUAUCGUAUCGACUCGAUAUUUGUGUCGAAUUAGAUAAUAAAAAAAAUGUACUCUAUGUAAUUGCUUAAAGUCGAGAUAGGUUUUAUUAGAAAAUUAUUAAACGUAAAAUAUGGUCCAAUGGAAUAACUUAAAUGCUUCUUCAACCUAACUACGUUGUUAUUUACAUCUGAAUAGUUCCAUUAACGAUUACAAAAUAGUUGUAUAAUGAUAAACCAUUAAUCAUGAGUUAUUGAAAUUUUCCAUCCGACAACUGCUCCACUUUUGAAAAUAUAGGAUCUAGUCAAUAAAAUAUUUAAAAAUAUGAGCAUAUUGUUAAAGGUUAAGUUUGAAUUAUGAUAACUAAAGUUCAAAUGAUUGAAUAACUUACGAAGGCCAUUUCAAGUCAAAAUAUUCUUUUGCUAAUAUUUUUCAUUUUUGUCUCUUUCAAAAAUAUAAAUUUAAUACAUAUAUACUAAUAUUUUUGGAUUUGAUUUACAUAAUUGUCCAAAUAAUCUAUUUCCAUAUCACAUUUUUUUCUCCUCGAAUUUUUGUAUCUUUAAACUAUUUAAAUGUAAUACAUCUAUAGUAAUAUUAUGUACAUUAUUUUCUUUUUAAUUCAAUAGAUGACAAUCAACAAUAUUUAAAUUAAAAUAGUAAUAAAAUUUCAAAGCUUCAUUUGCAAAGUAAUUAUUCACAUAUAAUGAAGAUAAAGAUUUUUGUUGAUUUUUUUUUAUUCAAUGAUGUUUAAUAUCUCAAGGCAUGAAUAUAGAUUCCAGAUAGCUUUUCAUUUCAUUCGUUGUCUAACUUAAACUUCUUAUAGUUAAGUAUAAAAUGAAAUACAAAUUCAAUAAAAUUAUAAAGUUAACGGGCACUAAAAACAUAAACUAUCAAAGUACUCUUUUGUACCACCAGUGCACAAUAAUAAAAAUCGAAUCACCUACAUUUAACUAAAAAAAUACCCAAAUGACCACAAACCGACCAACGGGCCUGAUACAACACUGUCAGGUUUGAUUCGCAGCCGCUGAAUCCAUUUUCAGCUCCCCUAUGCUUAAUAUUAAUCUUUAAACACAACUUCUAAAUGGAAAAUAAUUAUAAUUCUACCGAAAAAUUGAAUUGUGGAUUAUAACUUACAAGGAUAAAGAAAACCGUCAAAUAAUCCCACUUUAUUUUAUUCUUAAAAUAAAUUGCAAUUGACAUGAUUUGUAUCAUAACGGAAUUUGUACGAAAAUGUGUAGGUAUAAAAUAAACUGUAUGAUAACGU